CGGUCCGGGGCGGAGCGGAGCGGCCAUGGCGGAGGCGGUGGCGGAGCCCGGGUCGGUCCCGCUGCUGGCCGCCGCCCGCCGGGCGCACCGAGCGGCUUUCGGGGGGGCUGAGGCGGCGGCGGCGGUGGUGGUGGCGGCGUGGGCCCCCGGCCGGGUCAACCUCAUCGGCGAGCACACCGACUACAACGGCGGCUUCGUGCUGCCCAUGGCCCUGCAGCUGGGGACGGUGCUGGUGGGAUCCCCCACGCAGGACGGGACCAUCUCCAUCCUCACCACCUCGGCAGAGGCAGACGAGCCCCACAGGGUGCAGUUCCCGGCUCCCCGCCAAGGCAGUCCUCUCAGCCCGGGGCAGCCUCGCUGGGCCAACUACAUCAAGGGCGUCAUCCAGCACUACCGGGGUGGUCCUGUGCCGGGCUUCAGCGCCGUGAUAGCCAGUGACAUUCCCCUGGGCGGGGGCCUCUCCAGCUCGGCCGCUCUGGAGGUGGCUACUUACACCUUCCUCCAGCAGCUCUGCCCUGAUGAUGGUGAUUUGGUAGCCAAGGCGCUGGCGUGCCAGAAAGCGGAGCACACGUUUGCUGGCAUGCCCUGUGGGAUCAUGGACCAGUUCAUAUCCGUGAUGGGCAAGGAAGGCCAUGCACUGCUCAUUGACUGCAGGUCCCUGGAGACCGUCCUCGUCCCGCUGACCGAUGCCAGCUUAGCCGUCCUCAUCACCAACUCCAACGUGCGGCACACGCUGACGGGCAGCGAGUAUCCCACGCGCCGGCGGCAGUGUGAGGAGGCGGCGGCGGCGCUCGGCAAGGCCAGCCUGCGAGAUGCCACCGUGGCCGAGCUGGAAGCGGCCAGGAGCCGGCUGGGCGAGGAGGUGUACCGGCGAGCCAGGCAUGUUGUUGGUGAGAUAGCACGGACGGCCCAGGCAGCGCAAGCGCUGCAGGACAGGGACUACGGGAUGUUCGGGAGGCUGAUGGUGGAGAGUCACAACUCCCUCAGGGAUGACUAUGAAGUGAGCUGCCCAGAGCUGGACGAGCUGGUAGAAGCAGCCCUGGAGGUCGAUGGGGUUUAUGGCAGCAGGAUGACCGGGGGUGGCUUCGGAGGCUGCACGGUGACGCUGCUGGAGGCUGGGGCUGCAGAGAGAGCUCAGCACCACAUCAAGGAGAAAUACAGCGGCACAGCCACCUUCUACCUCACCAAACCCUCCGGAGGGGCAAAGGUGCUGCCCUUGUAGAAGAGCCACCACCUCGCCUGGGCUGGGAUCGCCUCCCUCCGAGAGGCGGCUGCUUUCCUCCCUUUGCAAAGGAAUCAAUUUGUCUGUCUGCAUCAUUUGCCUAAUAAAUGCAAAACAUUUGCACA